CUCCGCUUGAACACUCUUUUUGUUAUUCUGCGAACCUCCAUCUUCCCCGCGUAAAAAACACGCUUAAAAUUUCUUUCUCUUCCUUUUUUAAUUCGCUUUUCUUUUCUUCUAUCAUACAGACAGCAAAUUCUCGAUAAACAUGGUUAUUUACAAGUCGGCUUGCGAUCCUAUCACAAUUCCCAAUUUGGAUUUAUACACCUUCUUGUUUCAAGACAACAAGUACAACACCUCUCGUUCUCGAGACGCUCCCAGAGUCAUUGAUGGUGCCACCGGCAAAUCGCUGUCAUUCAAUCAAAUAUUUGACCUUUCUGGCCGGAUUGCUACUGGAUGGAAGGAAAAGGUUGGAUUAAAGAAGAAGGAUGUGGUCGCAGUGUAUGCACCCAACCAGUACGAUCAUUCCGUCUUGUACUUCUCGCUUCUCGCCGCAGGAUGCACUGUUACACCUGGAAACUCAGACUAUACCGAAGACGAGUUCCAUCAUCAAAUCCAUACGGCAAGUGCCAAAGCCAUUGUCACCAUCCCGGAACUGCUCCCGGUUCUGACCAAAGUAGCAGCGAAAAACAAUAUUCCCAGCGAACGCAUCUUUGUGUUCCGUGGCAACGAGACAACGACUGUUCCUUCCUUCUACACACUCGCCGAGGGCAGUAAGCAUAUUGGCCACCCCGUUCAAGGCAUCGAUACCCAUGACGUUGCCUUCAUUUGCUUUUCCAGCGGCACCACCGGAUUAGCCAAGGGCGUCAUGCUCAGCCAUCAUAACUUUAUUGCACAAUGUCUUCAGGUCACCAACUUUGACGCCAAUGCCAACAUUGGCACUGACAUUCUGCUUGGCUUCUUGCCUUUUUUCCAUAUUUUCGGUUUGACCAACUUGGUGCUCGGUUCGUUCUAUCGUGCCACCCCGCUUGUUAUCAUGGCCAAGUAUGAUUUGGAAAAGUUCUGUCAAUUGGUGGAGAAAUACAAGGUGACGAACGUCAGUAUCGUGCCACCAGUGGCUGUUCAUCUCGGUAAAAGUCCGAUUGUCGACAAGUACGAUUUGAGUACUCUUCGUGUCCUUGGUUGUGGUGCUGCUCCCCUCGGCCGUGAACACAUUGAAGCUCUUCAACGACGCAUUCCUGCAGCUGUAAAGCAAGGAUACGGAAGCACUGAAAGCUGCGCUGGCGUAGUCUAUCAGCGUGUUGGUAUCAGUCCCGCUGGUUCCAUCGGGUACCUCACAGCCAACACGGAGCUCAAAAUAAUAGACCUGGAGGGAAAUGAACUUGGCGAUGAUCAAGAAGGUGAAGUUCUCCUUCGGGGACCUGCAAUGAUGUUAGGCUAUUUAAACAACCCCAAGGCAAAUGCAGAAACGUUUACCGAGGACGGCUGGAUGAAAACCGGUGAUGUGGGAAAAUUCAAUAGCAAGAUUGGCGAGUUCUUUAUUACUGAUCGUCUAAAGGAGCUCAUCAAGUACAAGGGCUUUCAAGUUGCUCCAGCCGAGCUUGAGUCACUUCUUAUGGGUCAUGAACAAGUGGCUGACUGCUGCAUUGUGGGUGUGUACGAUUCUUCACAAGCUACUGAACUUCCUCGAGCCUAUGUUGUCCUUCAAGCUACUGCUCAACCCACCGAAAACAUGGCCAAGGAUAUCAUGGAUUAUGUUGCACGUAAUGUAGUGAAUUACAAACGACUCCGCGGUGGUGUUCGGUUUGUUGAUGCUAUCCCAAAGAAUGCCAGUGGCAAGAUUUUGCGUCGUGAGGUGAAGAAGUGGAUCAAGGCCGAACAAGAGGAGGAGGCUGCUAGUAUUCGAGCCAAGUUAUAAAAAGAAAGGAUUGUUAUAUAUUGUGAAAAUAUUUAAAACGGGUCAGCUAUGAUGGUGAGCACCCCUUCCUUUGGCCAACGUUUUGUUGUAGUCCAUGUUCAUAUUAAUCAUAUUAUUAGAGGAUAAAGCAAGUUUACCAUAGAUUUUUUUUAAUCCACAUCCCUACCAUCCUCAGUACUAUAUACUAUAAACACCAUUUCGUUCCAUCUCGUUUUAAAGAGACAAAUUGAUCAACACUGCAACCAAAGUGCAAAAGGCGAUACUGUAUGUCAGUGGUAUCAAAGUGGGACCAGUAAUAUAAAAAAUUAUCCCGCCAUUCUCUCCAUGUAUCAUAGAAACGAUGCCAAAAGUACGUGGUCUAAACAACAAAAGGAAAGUAAUCAUUUCUUCCAAAAAUAUUGGUCUUAG